GCACGUCUUACCUCUUUAAUCAUCAUUCUUCCAUUAAAAACUGUCGCAAUUAAAAAUGCAUUGACAUCCAUACCCUACAAAUGAGUACAGUUGUUCAUCAAAGCUGUACUACUGAUUAGUGAUUACUAUAUCAAAAUACUGAAUAAAAAUUUGCAAAUUUUGUCGUAGCAGUAGCAUAAUUACAAAAAGCUACCAGAAUAAUCAGUCAACUUUUUAGUCGUCUUCUUCAACAUUAAUUAUUCAGAAUCAUCGAAACUUCCGGGAAUUGGAAUCUGAACUUGGAAUUAAGAAAUCUGAAGAAAUUAGCAAGAAUACUGAUAUUUUUUUUUUAUCUGGGACUUUUUUAUUGAUUGAUUUUGGAAAUUGGAGAUUGUUCUUUUCCGGGUAUUUGUUAUUAUUAACUGGGCAUCCUUACUUUGGCGGGAAAUUUACAGUUUUUGUUAAUGGCGGAGGAUAAUGUAAGGGGGUUGGUAUUAGCAGUGGGGUCAAGUGUGUUUAUUGGGACCAGUUUCAUCUUGAAGAAGAAGGGUCUUCGCCGUGCUGCUGCUAAUGGCACCCGUGCAGGAUAUGGAGGGUACACUUAUUUGUUAGAGCCACUCUGGUGGGCAGGGAUGUCUUUAAUGAUUAUCGGAGAAGCUGCAAACUUUGUGGCCUAUGCUUUUGCUCCAGCUGUCUUGGUAACACCGCUUGGAGCUUUAAGUAUUAUAAUCAGUGCGGUUUUGGCACACUUCAUGCUUAAGGAAAAACUGUCGAAGCUGGGUGUUCUGGGUUGUGUCUCUUGUAUAGUGGGGUCUGUGGUAAUUGUUCUUCAUGCACCACAAGAGGAAGCACCAAUUUCUGUUCAAGAAAUCUGGGAUUUGGCAAGCCAAUCAGCUUUCCUGAUUUAUGUGGCGGCUUCAUUGUCCAUAGUGGUAGUUUUGAUUUUGCACUUGGAGCCACGCUAUGGGCAGUCAAAUGUGUUGGUUUACUUAGGGAUAUGUUCUUUGAUAGGUUCACUGACGGUAGUGAGCAUCAAGGCUAUCGGAAUCGCUAUAAAGCUUACCCUGGAGGGGACAAACCAGCUUAUAUAUCCACAGACUUGGUUUUUCAUGAUUGUUGGAGCAGUCUGUGUCAUUACACAGUUGAAUUACCUGAACAAGGCACUUGAUACAUUUAAUGCAGCAAUUGUAUCUCCGAUAUAUUAUGUGAUGUUUACAACCUUGACUAUUGCCGCAAGUGCAAUCAUGUUCAAGGAUUGGUAUGGUCAAGAUGCAAGCAGCAUAGCUUCAGAAAUAUGUGGGUUUAUUACAGUUCUCACUGGAACAAUCAUACUACAUGCUACAAGAGAGCAAGAACAAACCAACACUUCAGAUUAGAUCUUCUGCUCAUCUAAUUUCCUGGUUAUAAUAGCAGAUUCGCGAGGCAAUGCAGGACCUUCGAAUUGGUACACAACUGGAGAGAGUCAAAAAUAUGGUGAUGAGGAGCGUCUCAUUACAUUGCACAAUGCAGACUUUUUUGAAUGACGAGGUUUGAGACAAUUCAAUUUCAAAAGUAUGGUGAUAUUUUUUCCGCUCAGGAAAAGAGAUAGUGACAGUUCCUUCAGCUAAAGUUCGGAAGAGCUUUUUAUUAUAGAAUUGGUCUUCUGCUGGAAGUGCUCUGUCGUGAUUAAUUAGCUUGCUGGUAAUCCUCAGUGAGCCACACUGUCAGAAGAAUUAAGAGCUUGAAUUACUUGUAUUUGCAGAUUGCAACAAUAGUGGCCAGCAGCAAUCUUUGUAUCUUAUUUUUUUUAAUUUUUUUUUUGAUGUUGCUUGCCCUGUAGUCUAUACAUGUACGUAGUCGAUUGUUUUUCUGGCAUUGAGGAUGCAAGGUUAUUACGUGAUCUCGAAUUUAUCUAUUCUUUUGUAUAUUUCUCAUUCGUGAUUAGCCUAUGUUUGUAUCUUUUUGAUGUAAUCCAAUUGCUGACUGUCACAUUAUUCUGAACUAGUAAAAUUGAUUGGUUUCAUUUUCCAGAAAAUUUUCCCUGA